GGUAGCUGCAGUGUCCAGGUGAAUCAUGGCUCGGACUGGGUUUUGUGAUUCCAGGCAACUGUUGGACCUCCAUAUGACUGAGGACAGACAAGCGCCUCUGCGGGUGUGGGCAAACUCCUGUAUUCUGAGGGAGCGCAGGGUGUUUGCUGAAGGAGAUGAGGUUGGGUCAGGGCAGCACUGCAAACCUGCCCAGGAGAGUCGAUGGGUUCGAAGGCUUUCCAUCUCCGCAGAGGAUGGGAUCAUAAUGGACUAUGCUCCUCAAGACGAAUCAAUUUCAGAUGUCUAUGAAGAGGAGGCUUUGCUGCAGUAUCUGAACAGGUUGCCAGGUCCACCAAGUCUGCGGGAACUGAUGCCCGGACUUCUGCGCAGAGAGGUGGAGGUAGCCAUCAGCAAGCUGGGACUCCUCUAUGACCAGACCUACGCAUGGGACAUCUUUUUAGACAUGAUGAGAAGUCAGCUACUAUGCACGCUCCCAAACGCUGACCUGCCCAAGCCUUUCACUGACACUACCAGAGCUAUUUUGGUUGACUGGCUAACUCAAGUCCAUGAAGUGUUUCAUUUCUCCGAGGAAACGUUGUAUCUGGCAGUACACCUGCUGAAUCGAGCGCUAAGGCUCAUCAAAGUGUCCAUCUCCGGCCUGCAGUUGCUGGGUGUGGUUUGCCUCUUUCUGGCUGCCAAAAAAGAGGAAUGUCUAUUACCAGAGGUUUCAGAGCUCUGCUAUCUGAUGGAGAAUGCCUACAGUAAGAAACAACUGCUACGGAUGGAGAGGAGGGUUUUAACUGGGCUCAAGUUUGAUCUCUAUUACUGUCUCCCACUUCACUUUCUUCUUAUCACUGCUUCCAUUGCGCGCUGCAGCGACAAGUGGGUCUGGAUGGCCCGGUACCUGUUGGAGCUGUCGCUCCUGGAGGGGCAGUGUGUGGUGUUUCUGCCCGCUCAGCUGGCUGGUGCUGCCCUCCGACUGGCCCGAAGGAUCCUCCAGGAAGCUCCCACUCCAGAUGGAGAGACGGCCUGGUGCAUUGCCUCCAGUAUCCAUAAAGGAAGUGAAGCAGCUCUCCUCAGUAUAAUGCAGAUCAUGGCCAUGGCAGCAGCGAGAGCACACACUCGUGAGACCCGUGCCACUUUCAUCAAGUUCUCCACUAUACAAACCCUCUAUGUCAGCAUGCACCCUGCCCUGAAGGCCGCCCCUGGCUUACUGGGCCUGUCGUGCCCUCGGACGUGAC